AUGCGCGGUGGUGUCCACGCGCCCACGCCGUGGAGGGUCCCGGGCAUCAUGGCGGAGCCGGAGAUCUCCUCACAAGCUGCCAGGGCCCCGCAAACUAGCGCUCCCUCAGCCGCUGCAGUAGCUGCGGUCUCAGCCCCACCGGUAGUGGCGGGAGGCGGAGCUGGAGGAAGCAGCAGCAGCAGCAGCAGCGAUCCGGUUCGCCCGGGACUGAGCCAGCAGCAACGCGCGAGCCAGCGCAAAGCGCAUGCGCGAAGCUUCCCGCGGGCAAAGAAGCUGGAGAAGCUAGGGGUAUUCUCGGCGUGUAAGGCAAAUGACUCUUGCAAGUGUAAUGGCUGGAAGAACCCAAAUCCUCCUACAGCCCCCCGGAUGGAUCUGCAGCAGACGGUUACGAACCUUAGCGAGCCCUGUCGUAGCUGUGGGCACACGCUCGCCGACCAUGUGUCUCACCUGGAAAACGUCUCUGAGGAGGAGAUCAACCGGCUCCUGGGGAUGGUGGUGGACGUGGAAAACCUUUUCAUGUCAGUGCAUAAGGAAGAGGACACAGACACCAAGCAAGUUUACUUUUACCUGUUCAAGCUCCUGCGGAAAUGCAUCCUACAGAUGAGCCGCCCAGUAGUCGAAGGCUCUUUGGGGAGCCCCCCGUUUGAAAAGCCAAACAUUGAGCAGGGUGUCUUAAACUUUGUGCAGUACAAGUUCAGCCACCUGCCCACCAAGGAGCGGCAGACCAUGUUUGAGCUCUCCAAGAUGUUCCUUCUGUGCCUGAACUACUGGAAGCUGGAAACGCCAUCCCAGUUCCGCCAGCGCUCCCAAAAUGAUGACGUGGCGACGUACAAGGUCAACUACACCCGGUGGUUGUGCUAUUGCCACGUCCCCCAGAGUUGCGACAGCCUCCCUCGCUAUGAAACCACCCAGGUCUUUGGCCGCAACCUCCUCAAGUCCACUUUCACAGUGACUCGCCGACAGCUGCUGGAGAAGUUCCGGGUGGAGAAAGACAAGCUGGUACCGGAGAAGCGGACCCUCAUCCUCACCCAUUUCCCCAAGUUUCUGUCGAUGCUGGAGGAAGAAAUCUACGGAGAGAGCUCCCCAAUCUGGGAGGCUGACUUCACUAUGCCUGCCACAGAGGGAGCCCCACUUGUUCCCCGGCCAGCGAUCAGCACGGUUCCUGCCGCCAGCACACCGCUCUUCAACAAGUCUCUGAGCUGCAGCUCCUCUUUAGCAUCUAUCAGUCUAGAUGGCGGCUCCUUGGAUUCUGUGCCAGGUGAGAAGAGGAAGCUGCCCGAGAGCUUGACCCUCGAGGAUGCCAAGCGGAUUCGCGUGCUGGGUGAUAUCCCGAUGGAGCUGGUGAAUGAAGUGAUGCUGACGAUCACGGAUCCAGCGGCCAUGCUUGGGCCAGAGACCAGCCUGCUCUCCGCCAAUGCAGCCCGGGAUGAGACGGCUCGCCUGGAGGAGCGCCGUGGCAUCAUUGAAUUCCACGUCAUUGGCAACUCGCUCUCUCAGAAGUCAAACAAGAAGAUCCUCAUGUGGCUGGUUGGGCUGCAGAAUGUUUUUUCGCACCAGCUGCCGCGGAUGCCCAAGGAGUACAUCACCCGCUUGGUCUUUGACCCCAAGCACAAAACUUUGGCCCUGAUCAAGGAUGGCCGAGUGAUCGGGGGGAUCUGCUUCCGGAUGUUCCCUACUCAGGGGUUCACAGAGAUUGUCUUUUGUGCCGUGACGUCCAACGAGCAAGUCAAGGGCUACGGGACCCACCUGAUGAAUCACCUCAAAGAGUACCACAUCAAGCACAGCAUCCUGUACUUCCUCACCUAUGCUGAUGAAUACGCCAUUGGCUACUUCAAGAAGCAGGGCUUCUCCAAAGACAUCAAAGUCCCCAAGAGCCGGUACUUGGGUUACAUCAAGGACUAUGAGGGAGCCACCUUGAUGGAGUGUGAGCUGAACCCUCGGAUCCCCUACACAGAGCUCUCUCAUAUCAUUAAGAAACAGAAAGAGAUUAUCAAGAAGUUGAUAGAGCGGAAACAGGCCCAGAUCCGCAAGGUCUACCCCGGCCUCACAUGCUUCAAGGAGGGCGUCCGGCACAUUCCUAUCGAAAGCAUUCCAGGCAUCCGGGAGACAGGAUGGAAACCCAUGGGAAAGGAGAAAGGGAAGGAGCUCAAAGAUCCGGACCAGUUGUAUACCACUUUGAAAAAUCUCCUGGCACAAAUCAAGACCCACCCCAGCGCCUGGCCUUUCAUGGAACCAGUAAAGAAAUCUGAAGCUCCCGAUUACUACGAGAUCAUCCGUUUCCCCAUUGAUCUCAAGACCAUGACGGAGCGCUUGAAGAACCGCUACUACGUCACCAAGAAGCUCUUCAUAGCCGACUUGCAGCGCAUCAUCACCAAUUGCCGCGAGUACAACCCGCCUGAGAGCGACUACUGUAAGUGUGCCAACACCCUGGAGAAGUUCUUCUACUUCAAGCUCAAAGAAGGGGGUCUCAUUGACAAGUAGGGGGCACCAAC